AUGCAACACCGGUCGUCAGAGAAACGGUGGGCUGUUUUGGCGCCGGAGCUGAGCGAGCAGUUCUCACCACCAGAGACGGCCCCCCCAGCGCUGGUGCUCCUCAUCCAGGCCAUCGAGAGACGAGGGUUGGACAGCAAAACAUUGUACCGGACGGCUUCAAACGGCCCCACACCGAGCCUUCUCAGCGACGCUGAGCUGAACCAGAAAGACGUGGGCUUCCUGUCGGCGUGCGUCCUGAACUAUCUGAGAGACCUGCCCUGUCCUGUCAUCCCUGUCACCGCCUACCCACUCCUCCAGGGGGCGCUCAUUAGUCAGCAGCAGAGCCAGGCCGCAGAUGGUGCAGGGGCCCAUGGUCAGGCGGUGAGCCAGGUCCUGGAGGCCUCCACUAUGCUCCUGCAGCACCGGCCCACACUGCACUUCCUCCUGACACACCUGACCAGAGUGACCCAGGGCAGGUGUGGCCUGGACGCACACGGCCUGGGACAGGUGUUUGGGCCGCUGCUCAUACGGACCUCCUCUUCCUCCUCCUCCUCCUCCUCUUCCUCCUCCUCCUCAUCUUCCUCCGGCUGGUCUCCAGUGGAGGAGCAGUUUCCGGCUCUGAUUGUGGAGAGACUGAUCCUGGAGAGAGCGACCCAGCCGGACCUCCCUCCUCCAGUUCUUCCGGCCAAACCAAUUCCGUCUAAACCGGUUCCAUCCAGUACGACCGACGUGACCAGUCUGCUCAGUGACGCUGAGUGGUACUGGGGCGAGAUCUCCAGGGAGGAGGUGAACGAGAAGAUGCGGGACACUCUGGAUGGAACCUUCCUGGUCCGAGACGCCUCCAGUAAACUAGAGGGAGAGUACACACUAACCCUCAGAAAAGGAGGAAACAACAAACUGAUAAAGAUCUACAACAAAGAGGGUUUCUACGGCUUCUCGGAGCCGCUCACCUUCAGGUCCGUAGUGGAGCUGAUCCAACACUAUCGUCACGAGUCCCUGGCCCAGUACAACACCAAACUGGACACUCGGCUGCUCUACCCGGUCUCCAAGAACCAGCAGCUUGUGAAGGAGACGAGUAUUGAGGAGGUGGGAGAGCAGCUGAAGGUUUACCAUGAACAAUACCAGGAGAAGAGUCGCGAGUACGAUUCCCUGUACGAGGAGUACACCCGCACCUCCCAGGAGCUGCAGAUGAAGAGAACGGCCAUCGAGGCCUUUAACGAGACCAUCAAGAUCUUUGAGGAACAGUUCGAGACUCAGGAGAGAUACAGCCGCGAGUCUCUGGAGAAGUUCCAGAGAGAAGGAAACGAGAAGGAAAUACAGAAGAUCCAAAGUAACUCUGAGCGGCUGAAGUCUCGUGUGAAGGAGAUCCACGACAGCAAAGUGAAGCUGGAGCAGGAUCUGAGGAAACAGGUCAACGACAACCGAGAGAUCGACAAGAAAAUGAACAGCCUCAAACCAGACCUGAUGCAGCUGCGCAAGACCAGAGACCAGUACCUCAUAUGGCUCACACAGAAGGGAACGCGACAGAAGAAGAUCAACGAGUGGCUGGGCAUCAAGAACGAGGCAGACGACUCCUACUCUCUGGAGGAGGAUGAGGUUUCUCCACAUCACGACGAAGGUUCCUGGUACGUGGGGGACAUCACCCGCACCCACGCUGAGGACCUGCUGAGGGGCAAGUGCACCGGGACCUUCCUCAUCCGCGACAGCCAAUCACAGAAGGGCUCCUACGCCUGCUCCGUCGUCGUGGACGGCGACACCAAACACUGCGUGAUCUUCAAGACCUCCACCGGCUUCGGCUUCGCGGAGCCCUACAACCUGUACUCGUCUCUCAAAAACCUGGUGCUGCACUACAAGAGCGUGUCCCUGGUCCAGCACAACGACCACUUGAAUGUGACGCUGGCCUACCCCGUGAUGGCCCGCUCCCCCAGCCAGCAGCAGCACCCCAGAUGA